AUGAGUGAUAUAGAAUUAAUUAAUCCUGAUCAAUAUCAACAAGUGAGGAGUAAUAGAUAUCAACAAACACCCAUACUACACACACUACAACAGCAACAGCAACAGCAACAGUCACCUUCAAAUUCCACCUCACCCCAACAGCAACAGUAUAGUAUAAACACUAGCAAUUUUCCUUAUAGACGAUCUCCUUUACAUCCAACAUCAAAAUUAUAUUCACAACCUCAACAAUCAUUCAAUUCAGAGUGGGUAGAAGAUCAAUCAUAUAACAAUUCCCCUUCCAAGCUAUCAACGUUAUUAGAACUUGAACGUGAACGUGAACACAACAAUAACACUAACAAUAUGGCAGGUACAUCUAUUGAUCCAUCCAAAUUUGAAACCCCAUCUAAAUCAUCUACCAACCAACUUAAUUUCAACUAUAUUAAUACCCCAGUUUCUCAUCACAAAUUAGAUAAUAAUAAUAAUAACCCGACUAAAGACAAUUACACUGAUAAUAACGAUGAAUAUAUUGAAAAGGCAUCUACCACUUCUUCUUCAACCACCAUAGCGACCAGAUUACCAAAAGUUAGUAAUUGGGAUAUUUUUUGGUCCAUGCUUAAUGAUCUUGUUGGUAAAGAUAAAAUGGCCAAAGUUGGUCAAUAUACUUUACGAUUAUUAGUAUAUCAUGCUGGGAAAUCACAAACUUAUUUAUCAGAUAAUAAUAUAAAUAUUAAAAUCAUUAAUGAUCGGUAUAAUGAUAUCACAAAAAAAUUGAAUUUAUUUAAAAAUUUUCUUAAUCAUCCAGCAGAUUUUAUUAAAAUCAUUGUUAUUUUAUUUCUUUCAAUUUUCAAACAAAAAGCUGCCGGGAUGAUUAAUGGAUUAUCAAUGUAUAGACAAUUUCUUCGAUUUGGUAAGACUCCAUUUAGAAUUAGAGAUUUAAUUGUUAAAUUUCAUAAUAAUGUUCUUAGUAACUCCUCCAAUGAAAAAGUUCAAAUUAAUAAAUCGAAAAUAUUUGAUCGUAAAACUUUGGGACAAUUUUUAUCUUUAUAUUAUGGAAUCAAUGAUGAAUCAAUAUUGCUUUAUAAAUUGAAUGUUUUAUCUAAUGGUGAUUAUAAAAAAUUUGUUAUUAAACAUGAAAGUAUAGCUUGGCAUUGUGAGACUUGGUUGGCUUUAUAUAAUGCUUAUGAGAAUUUACAAAAUUUAUUACAACAAGAAAUGGAUUUGAAAAUUCAAAUUCAAGUUAAAAAUAAAGCUAAACAAUUAUCAAAACAGAUCUUAUUAGGUGGUAAUGGAAGUAAUAAUUUAAUUGGGUUUAAUAUUUCAACUACUACACCAACUUUAAAUAAUGAAGAUGCUAAAAAUUUGUCACAAAUUCAAUUUAAAAAAAAUAAUGCUUGGAUAGAUAUUUAUAAGAAUUUAUCAGAUUUGGCAUUCAAUACUUAUACGGUGUUUAAUAUUGCUUUACCUUUUGAUACUUGGCAAAUAUGGAUGGGUAUCAGUGCUUCAGUAUUGAGUACCAUUAAAUUAUAUAGAGAAACAAAGCAAAAAAUGAUUGAAAAAGAAUUGGGGAAAUUGAAAUCAGAUUGA